AUUCAUUUCUUUAUAUCAUCAGGGAAACUUGAUCCGGCAGUUGUUCACCUCGUGACUCUUGAUCUGCUUCACUUCUCUCUUGUCUUCAGUCACUAUCACUGACUCAGGUUCGAAUGAGUGGUUGUAAUGAACACUUUACUCGUCUUUGCGUUUCUGUCUGCAGGUUCAGCCCUCCGCGUGUCCGAACAAGGUGAGUUUGACUAUAGUGGAAGUGAUAAUACAUGGACAAAAGCCUUUUCUUGUUGUUUGUGUAAACUCCACCUUUCACUUUCACAAUCUGCCGGGAUUGUUUCCGUUAUCGUGUGGUUUAAUGAUCUCUUUUGCAAUUAUUCUGCAUUAUUUUCAGAUGAAAAUCACUUCGAAUCAUGGAUGGAACAGGUAGGACACUGUCCAUUCAAACAUUUGUGUUCAUUAUGAUAAUACGAAGAACAGUAAAAUGCAAAGGAGGAAGUUACUAGCACGGUAAUUCCCGAUACCUACCACUGUAUUUGUUAUUCUCUGCUAAACUGAAAGUGUCACGCAAACAAAGGUAGCGUUAAAGCAGCUUUUACUCCAUUUAGACACAUAAUAAUCAACCUUUUACUUCUCCAGCACAACAAAGAGUACAGCAAUAAAGAGUACUAUGAGCGACUUCAAGUAUUUGUCGAAAACAAGAGGAAGAUUGACAGACACAAUGCAGGAAACUACUCCUUCUCAAGUAGGAACAUCUGGUUUUGCACUUUCUAAUUUUUCCAGUAUGGUCGUUAAAAUGUGUUUUAGUCUCAGUGUUUUAUUUCUUCCUGCAGUGAGUCUGAACCAGUUUUCAGACAUGACAUUUUCUGAAUUUCGCAAAGCUUUCCUCUGGUCUGAGCCACAGGUAGGCCACAGUACUGACACCCAUACAAAGUACAGGUGAAUACAUAAUUGGGGUGUUUUUCUGAAGCUAUUUAUUGAUGUACUGUGUAUUUUUUUUUAAGAACUGCUCUGCCACAAAAGGGACCUACCUCUACAGCAACGGACCUUCUCCAGACUCCAUAGACUGGAGAAAGAAAGGGAAUUUUGUCACUGAUGUGAAGAAUCAGGUAACUGCUCAAACAUGCUCUCUAAUAUUUUUGAUUUAUUUGCUUCAUUCAUGAGAGGUCCCUAAACAUUAAUGCUGAUAAUUCAAUAUCUGCAUACUGCAAGUAUGAUAUCUUAAUCAAGUGCAAACUGGAGUGACUUUGAGUCAGGUUGCAGAGAUUACAUCCGUCUCAUAAAUCCCAUGUAACAUUUUAAAGCAUUUUAGGUGUUGUUGUAUGCACAUUGAGGUGAAAAAAACAUUAGGUAUAUAAAAUAGGCAGUUGAUAAGCACAAACUCAAAAAAUUCGACAAAGUAAAAGGAGGGGGAAUUCACAGCAGCUAAGAAAAGAAUAACUAUAUUUAUGCGCUCUUCAACAGGAAGUAACAGAGUGCGAAACAUGUGACACAGUAAACAGAAAAGAAUUUUAACUAAUGUUGGUAUUUGCAAUUGUAAUAAAUAUCUACCCUGUCAAUAUUGCACAUAGCUUUGAGUUAUUGUUCUUUCGAUGUCCAAAAUUCCUGGACUACUUGGAGCAGACCUAAAUAAAUAGUCUGACUGACUGCAGAAGGAAUGAGGGACUUGCGGUAUCUCUCUACGGGGUCCAGAGAGCAGCCUAGAACAGAGCUAGCCUUCGACACCAGUUGUUCAUUUGUUUAAUAUUUUUUUGUCUUCGUUUUUAUUAAAGGGGCCUUGCGGCAGUUGCUGGACUUUUUCCACCACCGGCUGUUUGGAGUCUGUCACUGCAAUCAACACAGGGAAGCUUGUACCACUGGUGACCUUCUUUCACUUCUCUAUUAAAAUUCAGAGUGUUGACAAAUGAUAUAUUUUGUUCCUUUAUAAUGCGGGUUUAGGUUUUUGUUAUUUUAGACUCUUUCUCAUGUGAUUUAGUCAGAACAGCAGCUGGUUGACUGCGCCCAGGACUUCAACAACCAUGGAUGUAAUGGGUGAAUACAAAUUUGUCUCCAUUAUCUUUCCUCCUAAUUCCUUGUUAUGUACUCAACUGCAGGCUGAAUUUUGAAAGAAAAAUCUCAUUUUUCUGUCUAGAGGGCUGCCUAGUCAGGCGUUUGAAUACAUCAUGUACAACAAGGGACUGAUGACAGAGAAGGACUACCCAUACAAAGCAACUGUAACUCAACAACAACCCAUGCAAUCCUUUACUAUAAAGAAACUUCAUCAUAUGUAAAACUGGUUUUGAAAUAAUACUUUUAAACUGAUUUAAGGUGUACUUGUUUUUGUUGAAUCAGGAAGGUGUCUGUGUGUAUAAACCAGAACUGGCUGCAGCGUUUGUGAAGGAUGUGGUGAAUAUCACAGCAGUGAGUGAACACCAGAGUCUUUCUUCAGAAUCUGUAUCUUUAUUAAAAGCCGGUGAGUGAUGAAGGUUUCUUGUUUCAGAAUGAUGAGAUGGGGAUGGUAGAUGCCGUCGGCACUCGUAAUCCCGUCAGUUUUGCUUUUGAGGUGACCUCUGACUUCAUGCAUUACUCAAAGGGGGUGUACACCAGGUAAGGAAGGUGUAUAUUACAUUUUUGCUUUUGUUGUGCUCAAAUAGUACAUAAGUUAUUAGCAGAAUAGAAAAAUUAAUAUAAAGUAUUGCAACAACAUAUAUAUUAUGUGGAAAACCAUAAAAUAAAAAAAUCUGAGAUGGCUUUAUUAUGAUAUGACAACAUCUUACAGGUAAACCAAGGUUUUUCAUGAAUCUUUAUAAUUCAUAACCAAGUUAGAUUUUAUAUAAUAGACUAGCCAAGUACUUCAUUGAUAUUUGUCAGAUCUAAAGUAAGCUCAUCUAAUUUUGUGUCAAAGUUUGUCAUAAUCAUCCCAGUAGAUAUCUUCUCUAUCAAAUCCAUACCUCCGUCUUCUACGUAUUGUGAUUCAAUCACACAAAUUCAAAUGUACAUUCAUAUUUCAAGUAGAUGAUUUGGUUAGGAUCUGUUUUUCCAAGCAUACUGAACUAAAAACAAAAGUGAGACUGGGAUAAAAUUGAAGAGACAAAGCUUAACUUACCUCAAAACUUGGAAACAAUCAAGGAUUCUUUUGGAAUCAGUGCAUAUAGAUCUUUAAAGCUCUAUAUUAAUCUAUGUUUUCUGUUCUGUGCUUGUGAAACCCACAUCUGAAAAACUUUAUGUUAGUGGAGAUGUUAAACUGGAGACAGAGUUAGUUUGUCCCUCUCCAUAUGUAUAAGACAGAAAUGGAUUUAUCUUUCUUUUUCUUCUCCUCAUUUUAGCACUAUGUGCCACAAAACUGCUGACAAGGUGAACCAUGCAGUGCUAGCAGUGGGAUACGGGCAACAGAACGGCUCUGCCUACUGGAUAGUGAAGAACUCAUGGGGAAAAAUCUGGGGGAUUGAUGGGUAAUGCUUCUUUAUUAUCACAUUCAGGAAAAACCUAUUUUAUUCUAGCUUUGGAAAGAUACUUACUGUGCUCACUUUGUACAGGUACUUUCUCAUUGAACGUGGGAAGAAUAUGUGUGGACUCGCUGCCUGCUCAUCUUUUCCAGAGGUGUGAUCUUUGAGUGCUGCCAGACUACCGGAGGGCUGAAGGAGGAAAAAAAAACAUUUUUUACAUAUUUUUAUGACACUCACUUUGAUCAGCAUUUUAUAUUUUAGUGUACUCUUGAAUUUUUAAAAUGAUGAAUUAUGCAUCACAGGAUGGAUCAAGUCAAAUCCAGAUUAAUCGACACAAAUAAAACUAUUGCUCGAGCAAAAUGAUUGAAUUCAAUGUGAUUAUACUUUCAAAUAAAAUCGAUUUGAUCUCUUUGUGUCUUUAUCAUAAUAAAGGCUAACGUAGUGGACUGCAACAUGUACUAAGUUUCUUUUAAACAACCUGAGAAAACAGAUAUAUGCCAUAUGUGACAAUUAUUUCACUGAGAAUGUUAAAAACAGAUAAGGGUGUGAUGGCAAACAAACGGAGCAGAAUGACUGUUGUUUGGGGGCCUUCCUUAGGAUGGUAAAGCAUCAAAAGCAGAGAAAAUACAAUGUUAAAAAUAACUGUUAGGUUUUGUGUAUUAUCUUAUUUUCCUUUAUGAAUAACAUUAGUGGAAUACUGUGAUUAUUAUUUCUUAUCUUUUUCAUUGACAUUUGUUAGGAGCCAUACCUCCUGACAGUCAGGGCAAUUUCACACUUGUGCGUAUGUGUGGUUUAAAAUUAUGCAAAGUUUGUUUUCUCCAUAUAAAUAAAAACAAACAAAACAAAAUGAUAAUCUAUCAGUGUAAAAGGGACUGAAACACACUAUAUGUUUAUUUCCUGAUAGCAGCAUGACCCUGCAGACCCCAUUUAGUACCGCAUUUCUGGAGUCGCUAUUCUAAAGCCUUUUGUUUUCAAAGACGCCUCAUUUUUAUGCUCAGCAUGAAGAUGAAAUGGUGUGUCUCAGAUCUAUCACUUAGUAUCCUGGUCCUAAAACUGCAGACACAACUUUUUUUCACAGAAAUUAAGCAUGACGUUCAUGUAUGAAGGUACUCAUAGAAUGAGGAUUUCACAUUUACUAAUACACAUAUACAAUCACUGUACACAACAACAAAAUACAUCUUACAGAUGCACAAACCUUUUGCACUAAAAAUACCUUCAUACUCA